GCAGCUAGCUAGUGUGGAUAGAUCAGGACCAGGCAGCGUAGCAGACAUGACAACUGUGGGGGAACUGAUGCUGCUGGUGCUGGGGCUGCUGGUGACAGCUCAUUGUGAGGUCAGGGCCAGAGAUCCAGAGUUGGAGGAAGAGGACCCAGGCCUGCCUCUGGAGAAGGAAGGCUUGGAUACCCAGAGGAUGGGGAUAGGAGUCCAUCCUGAACCUGGGGGGAUUGACAUUCCCCACCUCAGGACAGGACCCCGUGGCCACGAACCUGAUAUGCCUGGACCUGCCCACCACCCUCUGGGGCAUGGGCCACAUGGACAACCCCAUCAGGUUGGUCCUGGGGGAAAAAACCUGGGUCUGCUGCCCGAGGAGAGUGCUCCCCCACCAGGAGAGGGAGGGAGCUACCCAGCCCGCACUGGGAACUGGUGUGCAUUCGUGCACCGCCGCAUUGUCACCACGGCCGUCUCCUGUGGCACGGAGGAAUACACCAUCAAGUCUCAGAGCCCCUGUCCCAACGGCACACCUGACUGCCAGCUUGUCAUGUACAAGCUCUCUACCCGGCCAGUGUACAGAUUAAACCCGAAGAUCUUCACCGCCUUGUUGUGGAGGUGCUGCACGGGACAUGGAGGGGAGAACUGCGAGGACACGGUAGCUGAUGGCCAUAUAUCUGACUCUGCAGACCCCACAAUGGCAGGACAACCACAUCCAGGAGACACUGAGCCUCAUCACACAGGCGCUCAGUCUAGACUCACCCACCAGCCUGAGUGGGAGCAGAAUGACUUCCAGGUGUCUGAGAACCCUCUGUACGAAAGCCAUCCCUCAGAGGCUGACAACAACAACGACACACACACAGAUUCCCGAGAGCCCCCCUCAUACCCUCGACAGGCCCAGGAGCACAUCCCUCACCAUGGCGAUGACCACCCCCACCCCUACCCCAACCACCGGCAGCAGGAUUUCGAUAAUGGAGAUCCAAUCAUGGGUGAAGUGGAGGCUGUCGCUCUACUGCCCUACGCAGACUCUCUGUCUCCCCUCCCUCUGCCCCACAUGAUGGCCCUGCUGAUGUCCCAGCUCCAGCCCAUGUUGGAUGGCUUCAACCGCACCUUGGAACGCCUGACCUCGGAGGUCGGGGGUCUGUCCCAGGAUGUAGCCCAGCUCCGGAGCGCUCAGUGGGAGGUAAAGGAGGCGGCCCUGCGGGGUGCAGAUGCCGGAGAGGGUCCCGAGGCCUUUGACGCUAAGCUGGAGCAGAGUUUCCAGGACAUCAAGGAGGUGAGGAAGGAACUGGAGAGACAGAGAGCUGAGAUGGCAGAUCGGUUACACUCCCAGCAUGCCAUGCUGCACUAUAACAUCACCAACUUCAAGACAGACAUCGACGCCAAGAUCAAACACAACGACAAGAUGUUACAGGUUAAUCUCGAGACCCUGAAUGCCACCCUGUCAGACAUGAAGCUCGAGCAGGAGCAUCUGAGUGAAGAGCUCCAGAGGGACCUGACCAGCCCAGGGGACAGGAGAGAACCCAACCAGGCCCAGCACCCUCCAGAGGACUCGGCAGUGUGGGAGUCUAUCGCUCGUCUGGACAACAAGGUGGUCAACAACACAGGGAGGGUGAAUGCCCUGGUUGAAGACUUGGAGAUGUCCAGGGCGUUGUCAUUGGCUCUGAAGAGCGGCUUCCGAGGCCUUGAGGAGAACAUUGCCCAAACGUGGAGGAACAGCCAGAUCCAGUUCAUGGAGACGGGCCUGGAGGUGGAGGCGGCUAAAGUAGCCGUGCUGAACCGUGUCAAUGAGCUGGCCAGCAACCUGACCCUCCGCUGGGAGCAGCUGCAGGAGAUGGAGACUGACAUGGACUACCUGUACACACAGUUCUACAAGAACGUCAGCUCUGCCAGAGACUGUGACUGCGAGGCAUUCACCGCCACCAUCUCCCGCUUGGAGCAGGGACUGACCAACGUCACAGAGCUGGCCAACGACAACCGUCUGGCCCUGGAUGGGAGUACCGAUGCUGGGUCGGAGCGCUGGAGUCCCUCUGUGGAGGACAUCUACCAGGGGUUGGAUCACGUCAAGGCCUCCCUGGCCUUUGAGCAAGAGAAGAGCAGGACUCUCCACCACAAUGUGACCCAGCUGCUGGCCUCCUUUCUGGGCAUCCAGAGGGACAUGCUCAGUCUGCGGGAGAGCGACGAGUGGUUGGCAGGUGAGAUGAGUCACCUCUCCAGCUCCUUCUUUUCUCUUUUGAACGAUGCCAUCCGCCACACCGAUGUGCUGGAGAUGCUCCUGGGAGAGGAGGUGAUGGGGUUUAUGGACUGGCCCCAAAGCAACCAGGAGGCCCACUCCAUCCCUGCACUGCAGGAGAGGCUUCGCCACAUGCAGGAACAGAUCAGGGGCCAGAACCUCAGUCUCACCUCCCUGUUGGAGGCCGCCCGGGCAGAAGAGUUCCCGGCCUCAGACGAGCCCUCUGUGCUGGUAGACUUGGCCUCCCGCGGCCUGAAGAGGAGGAGUGGAGACCAGAGGAGUGACCACCUUGUGGUCUCAGCAGCCUCUGAGGACCAGCAAGACUACUCUGACAGUGACCUGUGGACCCUUGAGAAAGCAGUGAAGGAGCUGGGGGAGAAGGUCCACAGGCUGGAGUACAGGCCUUGUACUGCCAGCUGCAACAACACCAAAGAUGGUACCAAACUGCAGGCAGAGGUGGCCUGGCUGAGGAGGGGUUUAGAGAAUCAUUUGAGUCUCUUCAAGAACGUCUUCAGUAACUCAGAGGGAUUGGCCGACUCAGAAAGCACCCUGGACUUGGACCAGCUGUGGGCCCUGAUGAAGAGGAAGGAGGGGAAGAGACAGAGGAAGCGCAAUAACAACAAAGAGGGAAUCAAAGACCACAUUGGAGAGAGAGAUAACCUUCGCAGCAGGAGGGAUACAUCAGUGCUAUCUAAGCUGGGGGACAGUCCCCUUAUGUUUCUGGCCAGAAGCAUACAGCGCAGCAGACCAAGUGACAGCAGCCUCCUGGUGUUUGAGGACACGUCGCUAAACCUGGGCCAGAUGUACUCAACUCACACUGGGAUGUUCCAAGCACCUUUGGCAGGAAUCUACCUCUUCGCGCUGACGCUGAACUUUGAACCUGGCCCCUCGCUGUCUGGGCUGAGGAGAGAGAACAGGGAGCUGGCUGCCGCUCUGCAUCAGGACAAGAUGGCAUUGUUUGGCCCCGUCACCCGUGUGUGUCUCCUACAGCUGCAGCAGGGAGAGGAGCUCCGGCUUGAACUGUAUGAGGGGACUCUGGUGACCGAUGACCCCAAAGACAACGCCUUCGCUGGGCUUCUGCUCUAUCAGACCACCUGAGGACGCCGGGGCUGCUCUGUAUAGUCAGAGGAGAGAUGUUGGCCUGGGAGCAAUCAAUCACAAGACUGACAGCUACUAUGCCACCUGCGUUUCAAUCUCUUACAUUGAUAUUUUGGGGGGGGGGGGCAUUCAAGCAACAAGGCAGUAACUGCUCAUUUGGUCUGAAACGGGUUAGUCAUUUUUGCUACAUAAAAUACAUGCUUAAUCACGUGGACAAGUAUCCUGCCUCGAGUUGUGUUUUGGAGAAAAUGGGGGUCAUGUUAGCAGUAACUGUAUAAAGUUACUGUGAAACCAAGGUAAAUAAAGAUAAAUAAAAAAAUUCUCAGUUCCAUGCUACGAGCAGUUCCUGCCUUUUUGCUUGGUAGGGCAGAAUACAGGGCUUUCUGUGCUUUAUGUCUUCAACAUUUCUAAUUCAGUGCCGUGAAAAAGUAUUUGCCCCCUUUCCAAUUCUCUACUGUACAUAUUUUAGAUACUGAAUGUUAUCAGAUCUUCAACCAAAACCUAAAAUUAGAUAAAGGGAACCUGAGGGAACUAAAUUAUACAUAUUUUAAUAAACAAAGUUAUGCAACACCCAAAUGGGAUUAGGUCUGGACUUUGACUAGGCCAUUCCAAAACUUCCUAGACAUUCAUAUAGACUUUAAUUGUGUUUUGGAUCAUUGUCCUGCUGCACUUCAACUUCAGCUCACUGUAACUGUAGAAUUCUGACACAAUAGAAGAAACCAAGAAUUCUGCUUUAAGGCAAGUCGUCCAGGCCCUGAAGCAGAAAAGUAUCCCCAAACCAUCACACUACCACCACCACGCAUGACCGUUGGUAUAAGGUUCUUACUGUAGAAUGCAGUGAUUGGUUUUCGCCAGACAUAAUGGGACCCAUGUCGUCCAAAAAAGUUAUACUUUUGAAUCAUCUGUCCAUAGAACAUUCUUCCAAGAGUCUUGAUGAUCAUCUAGGUGCUUCCAGAUGCCUUUUGGCAAACUUGAGUAAACUUUUUGGAUGACAUGGGUCCAGACCUAAUCCCAAAUAAGAUGUUGUGGCAGGACUUGAAACGAGCAGUUCAUGCUUGAAAACCCACAAAUACCACUGAAAUAAAGCAGUUCUGAAUGCAAAAGUGGGCCAAAAUUCCUCCACAGCGACGUGAGACUGAUCAGCAACGACAGGAAGCGUUUGGUUGCAGUCAUUGCAGCUAAAGGUGUCACAACCAGUUACUCAGUGUAAGGGGGGAAUUACUUUUUCCCCACAGAGGGGAAUUGGGUAUUGCAUAACUUUAAUUAAAUUAAAUAAGUAUAUUUAGUUAUUUGUAAAUGCAUGUUCCUUUUAUCUAUUAGGUUGUUUUAAGAUCUGAUAUAAUUCAAUCCCUUUUCAUGGUACUGUACAUGUAUAAGGCCUCAGGUAGAGAAACAGACCCUUUUCUACAAGACACGGGUUCCAUACUGACGAGUUUUAAACUCUUAUUACAGUACAUCAAUAUGCCGUACCUUUCUCCUCCAGCAGAUGGCAGUGCUAGACACCUUUACUGGUUUUAGGCUCGGUCUCCACAGUCAAACCAACAGUUAAUUGGAAGGAAAUGAAACAAUAACCCAAGACCAGACCACAAAGUUGUGUACUAAAAUAAGGUUAUUUACUUUCAAAUUGAUACAUUGGACAGGCUGUGUACAGAAACAGAAUCGUUUUCUUUCCUUGGUAAACUCAAAAAAAAAGGGCACCUUUUAACCAGAUGCUGUAUAAAAACACAUUAAAGAUGUACAUAGAGAUUAUUCUAUAUGGUUUUCUUGCAUAUUACAAAGAGGAAAACACUAGUUACUGCUCAGGUGAAAUAUUUUUUAAAUAUCUACCAUAUGUACUGUUAGCUUAAUUCACAAAGAAACUGUCCUGACCACACUAGGUUGCACGUGAUUUCAGCGGACAUGCACACUUAAACAUGUGCGCAAACCCACAAGCACUGCAAGAUAUUUUUUCAGAAUUUGUAUGGACACAAGGGAAGCAAAAGCAAACAUUGGAUAGAUAAAGAGGCAGACACAAUAGGAGCAGGGACUUGGAAGAAAUAGUUAAGAAUACACUGGCCAAGACUUGGAUCCUACGCAAGAGGGUUAACAAAGGGCACGAUCUGCGUCUAGAGUUGAGGACAAGUGGUUCAGCCAAGGAUAUUAUUUAUGUUGUUUUCAUUUCAUACCUGUAUGAAGUUCUAAAUGUAGAAAUGCAGUUCCUCUUGUGCUAAAUGGUCAUAAAUGGGCUUGCUCUACCCUCUGCACUGGCCCGCAGAUAACAUCACUGAGGAAACCUGCAAAUAUGUAUAUAUUUGAAUGUGUCCCAAAGCAAGCGGAAGUGGUUUCACUUCAGUGUUGCAUCUACUGUAUGUUCCCUCUGUACAUGGCUUUACAACUCUGGCUAACUAAAUGUUUUUAGCACAAGUAAAUAUGCCAUUUACCAUAGCAUUGAGUAAGCUAUAUAAUUGUACAUUAAGUUAGUAAAAUAUUGCAUAUUUUCUGAACUAAUGUUGACUUGUGAGCCCUAUGACAAACCUGACAUGUAGGACCCCGGAAGACAAACAAUUACUGCACAAUGGUACAGUUCAACGGCUGAGCUCACAUGAUGUUUGGCAAUAUGAAAGUUGGCCACUUAAUGAAUGAAUAUAUAUCUGUAACUCAAAAUGGAAUGAAAAGCAAGAGAAGAGCAGGGGGGGGAAUCUAUGGAUGUGGGUAAGAGGCGUGGGGACAGCAGAAAUGUCAGAUUAAUCAUUUUUAGAAAGGCCUAAUUGAUGUGUGCCCUCUAAGCUAAACACUUUUGCAUAGGCUUCAUGAGGGCCAAAAUAUGCCAUUUUUGUGUUCUGAACUUAACUCCCAGAAGACAUACAGAAUAUAACACAUAUGAAGAAGGGGUAAGCAUAGAGACAUGAUGGGACACAAACUCCCUAUUCACAAAUGUCAUUUGAAUACAAUUUUGUGUUAAAUAUGUUUUUUUUUUUUUUACCAGACGUCUUUUUUGACAAGUUACUGAGUUGAGGUUUGUUGUAGGAAGCACAGUGACAAGUUGAUUUAAGGCAAGUCAGGUAUCCCCUCUUACAACGUCCUUGGUUGACUGGAUUGCUCAUAGCUCUUGAAGAAGGUCCCGUUUGAAGCCCACUGGACGCGAAUACCAUUGCAGCAUGUUUUUUUUUUGAGGCACGGCAUCUAUCGAUACAAUAUAUUUACAUAUUAAAUUCACAUAUAAUUAUAGUACCUUAUUUCGUAUUUCGUAAUUACUCUACUUAUGAGUCGAGAGACAUUUUAAUAUGGCAGGAGAAGACUGUCCCGAAGAGAAAAAAAUGUUGGCAUAAAACGCUUACAGGCAAAAACCGAACAGAAUUGGCAGGUGGUGACGCUUGCGAGGGCAGUGUCUUGGUUUGAAGUGAGGCUCUAAGGUUCCUCCAUCAUAUUCCUUUCUGCCCAUCAACAUGUGAGCAGGAAAAUGCCAUCCCCCUCCACACACAAUGUCAUGUUUUGACUUUCACAGAAAGCAUUCAAUGCAGCACGAUAACCACAAACUCCUCUGGCCAGGGAGGGAAUAAGGGAAAGAGCCUCUGGCAGCAGCAUCUGUUCGUUGUGGUGAUAGAGACUCAUGGAGGCUAAGGCUCUAUGCCCAAGGCCCAGUGACAACAGGGCCCUUUUUCUCCCAUACCCUGUUCCUCCUCCCCUGCCAACUGAACAGAGGUGACACAUUCAGCAUUACGACACACUGGGGAGUUCUGUCUCUAGGUCAUGCUGUGUUGAGUAUGUAGGGGGGAAAAGGAUCAAAUCUUGAUGUCCUGCGAUUCUACCAUUUUGGCCAAGGUCUUCUUGACUCGUAAGAUGGUGAGGCGCGAGGCGGGGUUGUGGGCCCAGCACUCAGACAUCAGCUUCAGCAUGGCUCUCAGACACUGGAGAAAACACACACACACACACACACACCCCGCUUUAGGAGUUUGAUCUAAUUUAAAUAACCUCUAAAUAAACAGUAUUGCCUCGGCAGAUUUGUACUUAUUAUAGUUUUUUUUAAGUACUAAAUACAAAUGCUUUCAUAUGGGUUACAACUGGAUAAAAGACAACCUUUGCCUUCUUUACUUCUUUUUUCUAUGCGUUUAUGCAUUGAUCUUCAGGUUCUUUCUCAAGGGUCUUGUACAGGGAAAACCAUAUUUGCCCUGAUAAAUCAGGACUCACCUCGUCACCGUUCCACCUGUUGGACACGGUGGGCCGCAGCCCUUUCACACACACCACCUCCAGCAUGUCCUCAAAGGACGGCUCUGCCGGCACCAUCUCAUAGUAGGGCAGCUGGUGGUCCUCCACUAUGCCUGAGAGAGGAGAGGGAGAUAGUGACACGUAAGCAAAGCGCAAAAGAACACCGGGUUCAACCAUACUGUCAGUGUAGCGCUUUCCAUAACCAGUUGAAAUCUUAACCCCAGAUAGGCUUUUCUUCUGUAGCGGUUGGCAGGGCCUAAAAACAAACACCGCGGGUAGAUUUUUGGCAUUGGCGUGUAAUAUGUUUGUUUUCACAAGCCAUGUUGGCGGGUGGUCAGGGCUCCACAGCAUUUCACUCACAUUUGAGAAUAAAAAUAGAUCUCUGCACCCAUUUAUAGAUAAAUAAAUGCUUCAGAAGUGUU